AUGGAAGUCAAAAAUCCAUCCGACUUAGAUGUAGGCGAAAGUUGUAAUAUCAAUGGCAAUUGUACACCGCUAUCUAAGAAACACUCCGUUGACUUGAAUCACACCAAAAAUAUUGAUGACAUAUCUACGCCUUCCGAGUUAAAAUUCGACGAAGAUUUUGAAUUCGAGGAUCCUGAUGUGACGGCAAAGCGAAAAGAAAUGGAAAAAUGUCUUGACAAUCCCGACCUGGUAAAUGUAGAAGAGUGGCAGGGCUUUGCAAAAAGCAGGGGAGGUUUAAUAGCUGAUGAAUACAGAAGAAGAAUAUGGCCAUUGUUGGUUGGUGUGACAAGAGAUGAGAUGACUGACCCUCCCUCACUUGAUGAACUGUCUACACACGUUGAAUAUAAUCAAGUGGUGCUAGAUGUGAACCGUUCCCUGAAACGGUUUCCACCAGGCAUUCCAUAUGAACAGAGAGUAGCUUUGCAGGAUCAAUUGACGGUGCUUAUACUUCGGGUUAUCAUAAAAUACCCCCACUUGAAAUAUUAUCAGGGCUACCAUGACGUGGCAAUCACUCUGCUGCUGGUUUGCGGGGAUCGGGCAUCGUUUCCUCUUCUAUGCAGGUUGUCGUAUGGCCCGAAGGCUCCCUUGGCCCCUUUCAUGCAGACAACAAUGCAACCGACGCAGCACCUGCUCAAUUACAUGCUACCAGUUCUACGGCGUGCCGACGACAAGCUAGCGGAUUGCUUGGAUAAGGCUGGCGUGGGCACGAUGUUCGCGCUGCCGUGGUACCUCACCUGGUUCGGGCACAGCCUGAACCGCUACUCGGACGUGGUGCGCCUCUACGACUACUUCCUCUGCGCCCCGCCCCUCUUCCCGGUGUACGUGACGGCCGCCCUGGUGCUGCACCGGGCGCCCGACGUCCACGCCUGCGACUGCGACAUGGCGAUGAUGCACUGCCUCCUGUCCAGGUUACCAGAUGACUUGCCAUUUGAAGACAUUCUGGUGACAGCGGAAAAACUAUACAACGAAAACGACCCAACUGAUCUCGAAGAUGAGGUCGCUGCUUUGGAGAGGAAAGAGGAAGAGCAACGGCGAUUGGACGAGGAGCGCCUCCGGCAGCGUCGCGUAGAGCGGGCAGGCCGCAAUCGGGCGGCGGGUGGAGCCCUAUCGCGCCUGCGGAGGCUCCUCCCGCGCGGGCCGCUCGCCCGGGGCGCCGCCCUCGCCGCGGCCGCAGCCCUCAUCGCCGUCUACGCCUACUACCGGCCCGACCUCUUCUCCAGAAAACGCGCGGAAGGUCCAGACUUUGAUGGGUUC